AUGUGGAUGAACAUGGGCUAUUGGAAGGUGAUUGUGAUCUUACCCAAGAGCCUAGCUGAAGCGUGCCGAGAUCUGCUGAACCUCGUGCUUGCCGAAGCUGGCUUCUCUAAAGAGGAGAUAUCUCAUCGCUCAAGAUGUCUUGUUGACGUAGGCUUUGGUUGCGGUGAGCAGACUAUCCAUCUUAUGAGCGGGAAGCCAAUACGGCCUUGCGACAAGCUAUGGUGGGACGGCGAGGACCACCAAGUAUAUUUUGAUCACUACAUCGGCAUUACACAGGACAAGGCGCAGCACCAGUACGCCGAAAUGCGCGUUGGAGAGCUGAAGAAGGAGAAAGUCAAGGUUUUUUGCGCGGAUGCUUCCAAGCCAUGGCUCUGGGAUGAAAAUCUGUGCAGAGCCUCCCACGCCGCUCAGAACGUGACGCAGGAGGCAUGGCUUCUUGCAUUGGACACCGCAUACCACUUCUCACCGUCACGCUGGGUUCUGUUCCAUCAUAUGUCGCGAUACUACGCGGCCUCCAUCAUGGCUUUUGACCUCUGUCUAUCUCCGACUGCUACAACGUCUCAGAAAAUCGUUCUCCGGGUCCUCACAACGCUGAUGGGUGCGCCUUGGGCGAACUUCGACACGCCUGAGGCUUACCGGCAGAAGCUUACCGGGCUCGGGUAUCCUGCAGAUGCAAUCAAGAUCGUCGACAUCUCAGAGCACGUGUUUGCACCUUUGGCAGAGUACAUGGAAGAGCAAGAUUGCAGGCUGAAGAUACUCGGGCUUGGUCUCGGAAGCUUUCAAGCCGCGAAGUGGUUGUUCAGGUGGUGGGGUAGGGCAGGCUUAGUGAGAGGAGUUGUGGUCGUUGCGAAGCAUGAAGAACAACUUCGCAGUUCAUCACUGAAAACGUGA